AUAUUGACAUCUGUUUGACUUUGUCAAUUUCAAAAUUUGCCGAGGAAUGUAUUUCGCCGUUUUUUGAUUUCAACAAAUAUUUAUGUAUUAAUUGAAAAUGAAAGGACUAAAAUGCUUUCUUCGUGAAUUGUAAAGUGUAUAUAUUGUGAAUUUAUUGUUUCGUACUUUAGGUACAGUUAAAUACCGACUACUUAAGUAAUAAAGUUAAGUGCAAUGGCGACUUUAGAAGACGAAAUUAAGGAUUUAAAAGAGAAAAAUAAUGAGUUAGCUCAGAAGGUGCAAUACUGGAAAAUGACUGCAGCGCAGAAAGAUGAUGAAAAGCUUGCUCUUAUGAAGGAGAUCAACGAAUUGAGACUUAAAUUAAGCAGAAUCAGAAACAAUGGUGCAUUUCAAGCUAGUAAACUUGAUACUGCAUUACAAGCAGCGAGUGAAAAAGCAAUUUCACACCUAGUCAAGGCUUCAGCAGAGAUUGCCAAGAGCAUGGAGAUAGCCAAGGAGUACCUGAGGGAGAGACAGGAGUUGGAUGACCAGUCUCCUCGGUGGAGUUCCAUUGGUGGUACUCCAAGUGCAGAGAGAUCUGAGCGUGUCCACCGAGUACCACCGACAAUGAUUAGUGGGCAGUCGAUACAGCCUGUUGUGGCUCUUAGCAGGACUAUUUUAAAUACCAGUAACCCAAGAGCAGCAGCAAGAAGCCCUAACCAAAGUCAGAACCACAGCAUAACAGAGAGAGCUGUUCCCAUGCACAUGUUACAAGAUGUAUACAUACCCCUAACAAGGAUAGAUCUAUCAGUAUAUCCUAACCAGAUGGCAGAGAACAAUACCUCAGAUGACAGCACUGAAGAUUUAGGACUGGAAGAUGAUGCAGUAAGGUCAGAUGGUUCAGACGGACAUGUAUCAGAACAAGACGACUUUGAAUCGAAUCGAUUGGACGCAGUUAGUGAAGAAGAAGUUGAGACAGAGGAGACACCUCCAACAAGGGAGAACAACGCGCAGUCGUCUUCCAGCCAGGAGCACCCUGUUAAUCCCUUGGAGGGUCCAAGUUGGUUGUUAGAUAGUACACCUACAGGAUCAAAGUGCCCUACCCCGAAUGGUGUCAAAUCGGAGCCGGACUCCACCACACCCAAAACAUCUGAUGCUUCUCCUAAGACUGAAGACACGUCUGCAUUGUGUCCAGCUCAGCGCUCGCUGAGCCCGGCGUUCUCCCCGACGGUGCGGCGGCGCCGGCGCACGUCGCCGCCCGCGCCCGCCUCGCCGCGACACGCGCACUACUCGCCCCGGCCCAGCUCGCACCGCAGGAACAGCACAUCGAGUAAGGUGCUGAAGGUGUUGGUAGCUAAGAUGCGCCUGGACGGGUCGGAGAGCGAGUCCUCCCCUCCGAAGCGCGCGCGCUCCCCCCCUCAACACCCGCUCAUCGCCUUCGACGCGCCCAGCCCCAACGGGGCCACGGACUCCAGGGUCAUCGUGUCAGAAACCCGUACCCUAGACACGGACGUUGAGAUGGAGUCAGAGCACGCGGACAUGAGUAGCAGCCGCUGCGACAGCCGCGCGGGGCCGCGGCGGCGCGGACACAGCCAGGACUGCCGGGAACACUCGCGGAACGUCUCACAGGAUACUCGCGACAGCGCGGCGUUGUGCGGCCGCGGCAGCGGGGACAGCCGCGACAGCGACAGCAGCGCCGCCGACGUCACGGACUCGCGCGCGCGCCGGAACCGCAAGGCCGUCGUCUACAAGGAGAAGCCGCUCAACAGGAAAAUGAGAAGGUGAUCUUCAGCAAAUUGAAACAAAUUGGUUGAAGCUUUAUUUAUUUAUCUCCGGUAACCAUUGAAGGCUGACACUAAACCUUACAUGUACACAACUAUAUUGCUUAGACAAUAAACAUUCAAAUGACGUAGUUAUUGGCGCUGACUCUAGUUUACAAACGAUAAUCUAUACAUAUAUAAUUAUAGAAAAGUGUUAUCGCUACAUUGAAUUUUUCUUUUCCAAAAGUCAAUUCUAUUUUUUCUUUGUUUGUUCGUCUGUUUGUCGAACGGAACACGGUGUACGAACAAUAACCGAAAAUAUACGAUUUUUUAAGUGACUAGUAAAUAAAGGAUGUUCGCAUCUUACUAAUCAUUGAAAUUUACCAAAAAAUAGUUAUUUAGUUUAUUACACAACAUAACAAGAAAAUCUAAUUUAUUUUGUGACAAUUUAUUUCUAUCAUAAAAAUCAUUGUUUCUAAGCAGAGUCAGUACCAAUAACUCAACUCUUCCAUAACGUAUUAAAUACAGAA